GCCGGGGGAGCGGCCGCCAUUGUCUGCCGCCGAGGCGGUGGGUCUGUAGGCGCUGUAGCCACUGUAGCCACUGAGGGCUAGGAGGGUCGGGAGAACGAGCGGAAAGGCGCGGCGCCUGCCAGCUGGGCCGGCGCGGCGCGAGGGCGGGUUCCACGUCUGCCCUUUCCGCGCUGGCUUCGCGCCCCCGUUUCUCCUGGUUCUCCCGCCUCCGGGAUCGCGGCCGCGCUCGGCCAACUGGCCGCGCCCUGGGGAGCCCUGCACGUCGGGCCUGGCGCCGGGGCUCAGUGGUCGGCCGGGCACGUCUUUGUCUCCCCGGCCGCGCGCGAGGGUCCCAGGUGCACCACCGGGCCGAACCCUGGAGCGGAACAAAAGCCGGACGCCCCCAGCCGAGCGCCCCCGAGCUUGCUAAGUCGCUUGUCCAGAGCGGCGGGGACCGGCUCGCGGGGCGGGGAGGCCGGGAGCCGCGAACCAGCGGGUGUUUUCUUGUCUUCGCGGGUUCGCCAGAGGCGCUGAAGGACAGCGACGAACGCGGGAGGGGAACAGGCCUCGCUUCCUUGACGCUUGCAGUGACGGCGGACUUCGUUAAGUUGCAAACCGCGGUGCAGAAUAGUUUGCCUACUUUGAGUUUUGGAGCAGGUCCUGGUGUUCCUGGGGCCCAGUAGGCGCCCUGGUGCUUUAAGCGCGCUCCCAGGAAUCCGCAGAGCUCUGCCAGUUUGCCCUGGAGGCCUCAGAGAGGUCUUGGGGCUUGCACAAAGACUUGGAACCUCCGGAGUUUGUGGUCUGGGCUCCAGGAAACACGACAGCCUUGGGCCUGAGAAAGGACUGCUUUUGUGGUUUCCAUUUUGUCAUUAGGUUGGUACAGCAGUUGUAUUCCGUCAGUUACCCGAGUCCCUAGCCCUGUGCAUCUGGGCAGGUACCUGGUCCAUUGAUCCUGUGAGAUGGCAGCCAUAAACCCGUGGGCCUCCUGGGGAACCAGUGACCUUCAAGGAUGUGGCUGUGGAUUUCACCCAAGAGGAGUGGGGGCAGCUGGACUCUGUUCAGAGGACCCUGUACCGCGAUGUGAUGCUGGAGACCUAUGGGCAUCUGCUGUCUGUGGGGAAUCACAUUGCCAAGCCGGAGGUCAUCUCUUUGUUGGAGCAAGGAGAGGAGCCAUGGUCCGUGGAACAAGCAUAUCCUCAAAGCACUUGUCCAGCUGUUGAUACAGAGCAAAGAUGGCCACCUUAUUAACAAGGUUUUUAUAUAAGUAAUGUAUUCACGUGGCUCAGAAAACCCAGUGCUGCAUCAAAGGAAUAAGCUGAAAAGUUUCAUUUACUUUUGCUGCUGUUAUCUGCAUUAUUCUUCCCACACUCCCUACACACAUAGGGCACACACAAAGAGUGGAUGAGAAAUCUUGAAAGGAAAGCAUUGAUCCCAACACAAAGCGUUUUGGAAGAAGAACAAUCCCAUAGCAUGAAGUUGGAAAGAUACAUAUGGGAUGAUCCUUUGUUCUCCCGGUUAGAAGUCUUAGGAUGUAAAGACCAAUUAGAAAUGUAUCACAUGAAUCAGAGUACAGCUAUGAGGCAAAUGGUCUUCAUGCAAAAGCAAGUACUGUCUCAAAGAGGUUCUGAAUUCUGUGAACUUGGAGCAGAGUAUAGCCAGAACUUAAACUUUGUUCCAUCUCAGAGAGUUUCUCAAAUAGAACAUUUCUAUAAGCCUGGUACAAAUGCUGAAAGCUGGCGGUGCAACUCAGCCAUAAUGUAUGCAGAUAAGAUUACCUGUGGAAAUCUUGAUUAUGACAAAGCCUGCCACCAGUCCAUACAGCCUAUUCAGCCUGAAAAGAUACAAACUGGAGAUAAUCUUCUCAAAUGUCCUGAUGCUGUUAAAUCUUUCAAUCAUAUACUACAUUUUGGUGAUCGUAAGGGAAUGCAUACAGGAGAAAAACUCUAUGAAUAUAAGGAAUGCCAUCAAAUCUUUAACCAGAGCCCAUCAUAUAAUGAACAUCCACAACUUCAUAUUGGAGAAAACCAGUAUGAUUACAAAGAAUAUGAGAAUAUCUUUUAUUUUUCAUCAUUUAUGGAACAUCAGAAAAUUGGUACUGUAGAGAAAGCCUAUAAAUACAAUGAAUGGGAGAAAGUCUUCGGGUAUGACUCAUUCCUUACUCAACAUACAAGCACUUACACCUCAGAGAAACCCUAUGAAUAUAAUGAAUGUGGGACAUCUUUUAUCUGGAGCUCUUACCUUAUCCAGCAUAAGAAAACACAUACUGGAGAGAAACCCUAUGAAUGUGAUAAAUGUGGAAAAGUGUUUAGGAAUCGUUCAGCCCUUACUAAACAUGAGCGGACUCACACUGGAAUAAAGCCCUAUGAAUGUAAUAAAUGUGGAAAAGCCUUCAGCUGGAAUUCUCAUCUAAUUGUACAUAAAAGAAUUCAUACAGGAGAGAAACCUUAUGUAUGUAACGAAUGUGGGAAAUCUUUCAACUGGAACUCCCAUCUUAUUGGACAUCAGAGAACUCAUACUGGAGAAAAACCUUUUGAAUGUACUGAAUGUGGGAAGUCUUUCAGCUGGAGCUCCCAUCUUAUUGCCCAUAUGAGAAUGCAUACUGGAGAGAAGCCCUUUAAAUGUGAUGAAUGUGAAAAAGCUUUCAGGGAUUACUCUGCCCUUAGUAAACAUGAAAGAACUCACUCUGGAGCAAAACCAUACAAAUGUACAGAAUGUGGAAAAUCCUUCAGCUGGAGCUCCCAUCUUAUUGCACAUCAGAGAACUCACACAGGAGAGAAACCCUAUAACUGUCAGGAAUGUGGCAAAGCAUUCAGAGAACGCUCAGCCCUCACUAAACAUGAAAUAAUUCAUUCUGGAAUCAAGCCUUAUGAAUGUAAUAAAUGUGGGAAAUCCUGCAGCCAGAUGGCUCACCUUGUUAGACAUCAAAGGACUCAUACUGGAGAAAAGCCCUAUGAGUGUAAUAAAUGUGGGAAAUCCUUCAGCCAGAGCUGUCACCUUGUUGCUCAUCGGAGAAUUCACACUGGUGAGAAACCCUAUAAAUGUAAUCAAUGUGAAAGAUCUUUUAACUGUAGCUCUCACCUUAUUGCACAUCGGAGAACUCAUACUGGAGAGAAACCAUACAGAUGUAAUGAAUGUGGGAAGGCAUUUAAUGAGAGUUCUUCCCUGAUUGUACAUCUUAGGAACCAUACUGGAGAAAAACCCUACAAAUGUAAUCAUUGUGAGAAAGCUUUCUGUAAGAAUUCUUCUCUUAUUAUUCAUCAGAGAAUGCAUAGUGGAGAGAAACGCUUUAUAUGCAGUGACUGUGGAAAAGCCUUUAGUGGUCACUCGGCCCUACUUCAACAUCAGAGAAAUCAUAGUGAAGAGAAACUGUGAAUUGAAUUGAUAGAUCUUUCUUUUAUUGUACAUUUGGUAACACAUUGAAAAAGAAAAAAGAACCCUAUAAACUAAGAGGGGAAAUUUUUUAGUAAGAAUCCAGGAAGACUUACUACUUAAUAGAACAUAUCUUCUUAGAAGAAACCUAUGAAAGAAAAGACUGGAAAAAGCUUUUCAGCAGUUAUGUAGCCUUUAUUUAACAUCAGAUAAUUGCAGUGAAGAAAACUCCAAACUCACCUAAUGGUCCACCAGGAAUCCUAUUUACGGAACAUGAAUGUAGGGAAUGAGACUUCUUUUCGCAAGAGAUUUCAGCUAUUCGUGGAUCUGAGUGCAUUGUUGAGGGGAAAACCUUAUUCUGGGAAAAGUUUUUCAAAGACAGUACACUGUUUUGCAUCAAGCUGGAAUGAUAGAUGGGAAACUUUAGUGGAAGUACAGAUUUUGCUGUUGUAAAGGGAGGAUGUGGGUGCCCUUUAAGGAACAGAAUAUGAAAUACUAAAUCUGAAUUUAAGAAAAAAUAAUAUUGAACGGGAUAUUUACUAUUGGUCAAGAUUAACCUUAGAAAAGAUUAGUAAAUGAGAUUACUAAUGGUGGAAAGAUUAUUACCUAGAAGUGUGAGACUGAUAGUGGAACAAGAGGUGACAGUUUAUGACCCAGUGUGUCAGUGUCCAUGGUUCACUUACGAUUGCAUCGUUGGACAAUUCAUUUGUAAUUUGUUUUAGGCAAUCACUAAAGGUUAUAAUUGUGGACACUGCUUCAGUAUACAUAAUGUUAAGGAAUGAAAGAAUGCAAAAUUGUACAUACAUAUCAUAACAUCUUAAAAAAUGUAUACCAUCUGGAUAGAGACUGGAAGGACCCAUGGAGAAAUUAACCUUGUUAACUUAAGAUUUUUUAAAAAGUUUUAUAAACACAUACAGCACUUAUCAUGUGCUAGGCUUUGUUUUAAAUGCUUUUCAAAUAUUAACUUGUUCAGUCUCCUUAAUUCUAUGAGAUAGGUACCUUUAUAAAUGGAGAAAUUGGGGCAGAGAUGUUGAGAAACCCACUUAAGGACACACAGCUAUUAAGAAAUGGAAUUGAGA